GCUACAAUAAUGUUACGUCUAACAUGAAAACAGGAACGCUGUAAAAAGAACUAGGACGUUGUAUCCUGAUUUUUUAUUUAUUUAUUUUUUUUUCUAGCAUAUAUUCUGGAUUUUAUUAACUUUUUUGAUUAUGAUUAAGGGUUUUUAUUUUAAAGGUUUGGUUUUCGAGCUGCUCAUCACGCCAGAAAUCGCACUCCUUUUUUCUUUUUCCUUUGAAAUGAAAGUGAAAGUAUCAAGAGAAACUUUGUGUGGACAUCAGACAACAAGGAGUCCGACAGUGGAGGGCACCGGGAAAGAAUGACGGUUUUAAUCUUGAGGAUACUUUUUUACUUGUAUCUAAGUGCAGGUGUGUGGAGUGUCCAUCAGAUCCAGUGGCUGCCUUGUUACUUCAUUGAUGAGCGUUUGUAUUUGAACAAGGACAACCACACUGAAACCCGGGUCAUCCCCAGAGAGGCUAUACUUCAGUUUGGUCAGAAAGGAGAUGCUCCUGUUAACCCAAACGCCAUCACUUUCCUGGUCACCAGAUCAAAGUUGGAUCUGCUGCAGUAUGUGGAGGGGGUGGAGGCAGAGCAGCUGAAGUGUGAGCUGCACAGAUACAGCACAGAGGGCACUUACAUUCGCUGGCCUGUCCUCGGUGCCCGGGAGUACAACCACUGGUUUACCUGCAUCCUCAGACACAGCAGGGGCCGCUUCGCAGUCGCUGGCUCCCUCAGACACCCCUCUGACCAGCCUCCCCCAGGGCAGCCAGACUACCACAACUGGUCUGUCAUUGCUGACAAAGAGGUACUCACCACCGCAGUCGCCAUGGUCAUCAAAACACAGACUCCCUCAGUUAAAGCACGCCUGAAGUUCCAGCAAAAGCUCCACUGCCAGUUUGAUGUCGACCACAAGGGUGCAAAGGUCACCGUAGAGUGGCAUAGGCACCGCCCUGGUGAGAGGACUGAGCUCUUCAGUUACAACAGGCGCACAGGACAGACCAAGGGGAGCGGUGUCGGACUACAUGCCCUUGCGGCUGGAGAUGCCUCCUACAUCCUCGCCUCCACCACGAUGAUCAGUGAAGGGACCUACAUUUGUUCAGUGUCCGUGAAUCCACUGUUCGCCAAGGUGGAUAUAUAUCUGCAGAUUCAAGAGUCUCCCCAUGUCUCCCUCAAUGUUGGAACCACCCUGUUAUUGCAGGAGGGCAAGGACUUGAUGGUUAAGUGUGAGGCAAAUGGCUACUACCCUCGG